AUGAGCUCCAGAUCGCAUAAAGCCUGCGAAGCGUCUUCGUUUGAGUGCAUUUUCCAGCGAUCCCCGAGCGAUCUGAUGAGUACCAGCUCCUCCGGCCGGUCCAGUAUGACCCGGCUGCGGCCCGUCACGACCAUCGGAAUCGCGCGAUCGGCCACGUCCAAGGCAGCGGAACCCACGCCCAGGGUGCACACCCCGGGCCAUCUUCCGCGGUACAUGACCCGUGAUCGGUCCGCCGCAACGGUGGAAAGCCGUUACCGAGCGCCGUCACGGAUACCGGCCCCGGUCAGCAGGGAAGCAUCGGGGAAUCGAAAGGCCGACGAUUCGAAGAAAACCACUCCGACGAAACAAAUAACCGGCAGAGUUGCAUCCCGUACGAAGAUGCCACCAAGCGAGGGUGGACUCGCCAAUGCCGUCCAGAAGGUCGAAACGGCCGAACUGACGAUGAAGAUCGCAGAGCUGGAGCGAAAGUGCCAGCGACAGCAGGACAAACUGCUGGAACAGCACGAGCUGAUCAAGCUGCUGGAACAGGAGAAGGAAGCUACCGAGAAGCAGUCGGUAAUCGACCUCCGUGGAUUGCGGGAGAAUGAUGAGAAAAUGAUCAGCGAUCUGCGGCAAGAGCUAGCUGAAAAGUGUUCGGAGUUGAUCAAGGCGGAAGGGUUGAGGGAACGGAUUGAAGUGAUGAAGCAGCGGUUGGCUGAGGAAGUGCGAGGUUCGGAAGAAAAGGACGGGACCAUUUUUGAGCUGACGGAGAAGCUAGCGAACUUGGACGAAGAGCUGAUCAAGCUGAGGCAGGAUACGCAAUCGCUAGAGGAUCGUGUGGCGCAACUCAAAGAGACAAAGGCGGAGCUUCAGGAAGAGAUCUGCGUCAUGGCGGAGAAGCUUUCGAUGCUGGAAGAAGAGUUGGUACAGUUGAGAGAGGACAAGUUGUCGCUGGAGAAGCGCACUAACGAAUCGCAGGAGGAACUGCAGGAUGAGAUUCGCUGCAUGAAUCGAGACAUCGAAGAGAAGAACGAAAAGAUUGACACGUUGCAGGAAGAAGUGCGGAAGCUGAAGUUUGAUCAGGUCAUGCAGGAAGAAUCGCUGAAAACGGAGAAAAUUUCGUUGAAAAUAAAGAGUGCAAUCCUCCAGACGCAGGUCACCAGCUUUGAAGCGAUGCGAACUGCGACCUCGUUGCAGCCAAUCGAGAAGGAUCACCAAGCGGAACAACUGAUUGAUGAAAUUGGCCACAACCAUCGGCGCUGCCGGUCGGCACGAUCUAAGUUGCUGGAGAUGCUGCACCUCUUGAAGAAGAACACUGGGAACACUGCAAGCAAGUCAGAAGAGUUGCCAGCGCUGUUUGAGCAGCAACAAACCGAAGAUCAGAAACCACAGGAUGAUGCAGCGAGCUUUGGCGCGCUAAAGGUCCAGCUCAUGAGCCAGAUACGUGGCCUGUUCCCGGAGAAAGAGUUUGAUGACAGUGAGGAGCACGUCACCGGCAGGAUUUUGUACGACGAGGGGGAUGUUUAG